AUGGCACGACCACAACAACGGUUCCGAGGCGUGAGACAGAGGCAUUGGGGCUCUUGGGUCUCCGAAAUCCGUCACCCUCUCUUGAAAACAAGAAUCUGGUUGGGGACAUUUGAGACGGCGGAGGAUGCGGCAAGAGCCUACGACGAGGCGGCGAGGCUAAUGUGUGGCCCGAGAGCUCGUACCAAUUUCCCUUACAACCCAAACGCCAUUCCUUCUUCCUCUUCCAAGCUCCUUUCAGCCACCCUCACCGCUAAACUCCACAAAUGCUACAUGGCCUCUCUUCAGCUUACCAAACAGACGCAAAAUGAGACGCAGACGCAAAAUGAGACGCAGACGCAAGUUCAAACGCAUAACGCGAGAUUACGGCCGUUAUCCUUACCGAACACUGACGCUGUCAACAAUGUGGCGGGGAACGGAAAUGAGUAUAACAGGGGAGAAGUAACGGAGAUGACGACGACGGAGAUCAAGUGGGAAGAUGGAAACGCGAAUCUGCAACAGAAUUUCAGGCCAUUGGAGGAAGAUCACAUCGAGCAAAUGAUCGAGGAGCUGCUUCAUUGCGGUUCCAUUGAGCUUUGCUCUGUUUCACCUACUCAGUCGCUGUGA